GUCUUGGCCGCCGUGUGCUCCACUAUUGUAAGCGUGAGUAUAAUUUAGAGGAGAGGGGCAUGUUUUCACCCAGCAAGGCCACUUGACGGAGCAUCUAGGGUCCAGUUUUAGAUCAACUAGUCUGUAUUUUCUUCAAAUCCCGCUGUUCUUAGUUUUCUGAAAGAAGGUCUCUGCUUUUCCUUCUGAUGAUAAAACUUUAGAGGGUGGACCGGGGCCUGAUCAGCUGUUUGUAGAGAGGUAUAGGCAUCCUGAUCACCAGAAAACACAGGACUAAAGAUUGGUUGCUGUGCCUUCAAGUACAUCUGUUCCCACAGCAGGAUAGGAUGAGUGGAGUCAAGGAAUCCUCUAACUUACUACCACAGGGCUCUAAGGUGGUCAUGCUCAGUAAAUUGUUUAAUAAAGUGAGAAAACAUGGAGAACAGUUUUGACAUUUUAUGCUUGUUGAGACUUAGGAAUGAAUCACUGAUGUUGUAACUUCCAUCACAGAGUAUCGAGAUAAUUGCAUGUGUCCAGAUCCACUGAGAUACUCGAAUACCCCCUGAGGUUCCUCAUUUCUGUUGCAGUAUCUCACCAACUCCACCUAGGCAGGGGUCUUCCUUCAGGUCAGGAAGGUGGGAGGUGGCAGUUCACCUUCAGAGUCCCGGAAGAGACCUUGAGGGUGGAGGAAGGCCUGUGGAGUGCGGACCAUGGGAGAGCAGAAGAGUUCAUUCUGUGCUCACUGCUACCUUGUCUUUUGGGGGAGCUGGAGUGAGUGGGUAAGCGUGAUGUGUAGCCAUGCUCACAGUGAUGAAUCAACUGGACUUUGAUGUGUAUGACACAGGGUACCUGCCCUCAUCUUACUUAUGCAUUGUGUUUUCAGGCUGACAGGAAACACCUCCAGAGAUGCCGUCCACUGGCGGCCACAUGAGUGACAUAGUUACAGAAAGAUACGUGGUCGAGUCUAAGCAGUCUGCAGCUCACGCUCCACUUGCUUGUAGCACACAGCACUGUGCUUUUCCUUUACACGGGAACCAUGUCUGUGUGUGGAGCCCCAAGGACCCUUCUCACCAGCUUCUUACCCUCCAAGGACACCAUCAUUUGAUUACUGCUAUGGUUUUUGGAAAUCAAAUAGAUCCACUUCUACUCUGCUCUGCAUCAGAGGAUUAUAUUAUAAUGUGGAACAUGGACGAAUGCAGAGAGAAGGCACUUAAAGGGUUGACUCCUCGAGGGACUGUCUUGGGCUCCCCUUUACAAACAGUGUUGUGUUUGCGAUUUAGUCCAGAUGAUCGUGCUCUUGCAGUGUGUGCUGGAAACAAAAUAUCUAUGAUGGAUGUGGAGAAGCAGUCUGUGCUGGUAGAGCUGAAGGGCCAUCAAGGCUCAGUGACAGCAGUGGAGUUCUGUCCCUGGCAAGCACACACCCUGUUCUCUGUGUCUGAAGACAGAAGUUUUAAGGUCUGGGACUUUUGUGUGGGAUCCUUGAUAUACAGUUCAUCCAUUUUAACAGCUUACCCUCUCCUGAACUUGCUUAUUAAUGAAGAAAACCAACAGCUCGUCACCGGCAGUGCUGAUGGUCAGCUGUGGAUCUUUAGCUUGAUGGAGGGACAUCACUACCACUGUGUGGCACAUGUGGACCUAAGGAAGAAAAAGGAGACUUUCACCACCCGAAGAAUGAUGACUGAGCAGUACGGCCUGCCAGAAGGCCAUCAGUACCACUGCAGAUACGAGGUGGAUAAAAGGGGAGAGGCUGAAGCAACGUUCCCUGUCCUGAACCUGGCGCACUGUGACCUCUGCCUGCCGGAUUCCCAGGGUGGAGGUCUUGCUCCUGAGUGCACCACAUGCAUAUGGAUUGGAAGCUCAACAGCUCUAUUCAUAUUGAACCUGGCAAGCUUUGAGUUGGAAGCUGCUUUACAUCUCAAGGAAUUUCAGAGCCUGAGUGUCCAAGUUGCUGGGUCGUGUGCAGUGAUGAACGAGCCCAUCAGUGCCAAGGCAGUUUGCAUACUUUCAUCUAUGUUUGGGAGUAAGAUUGCUGUAUUGGAAAUCAGCCUGUCUGCUCUGCUGAGCGCUCAGCAGUGCCCUCGUGCAGGAAGGAUGCUCUCCGUGCUGGCAAGCUCCUGUGUCCUGCCAACUUCUCCACUGUAUUUUGGAAUUAUUAAGGAAAAAUUUCCUAAGCUUGCCAAUACCAAACGACAUGCUGUGAAGAGCGCUGUGGAGCACAGGCCCCUGGUUUUCCACACUAAAGUUAAGUCGUCUGGCUACACAUCGGCACCACACAUGGCUAUGUUUUCUCCAAAGACUAACAUCAAGCAUAAUAACAGAAGAUCUUCAAAAUACAAGAACAAUUACAAAUGUAAAGAGUACUCGGAGAGUUUCCUACCCAGAAAUCUGAUCAGACAGGUGGCUGUAGCCCAGGCGCCUGUUGCUGUGACCUGUCUGCAGUUCUCAGGGGAUGGACAGCAGCUGGCCUGUGGCUUAGGUAACCACCUGUCCCUGGUCUUCGAUGCCAGCCUUUCUGGAGCACCGGCUGCCUUUUCAGGUCACGAUGGAGCUGUGAACACUGUCUGCUGGAGCCAUGACAAGAGGUGGCUGCUGUCUACAGCCCGAGACCGGACACUGAGGGUGUGGUCAGUUCCCAGGACAGAAUUCGUGAUGCUUUUGGCUGCAGAUGCUUUUCCCAAGCCAGUAGCAUCUGCACAAUUCUACUACAUGGAUACUUUCAUACUGCUGUCUUCUGGCCCUGAAUUUUGUCUGCUGAAGUACCACAUUGACCUUUGUAGGGAUGACAUACGAAGGUAUAAACCAAAAAGCAGGUAUAAGCCUAUUUUCAGGCUCCCAACGACCAGUGCAGCAGACAUAACCAGCCUGUCAGCGGUGAACGACUUUUAUUCCCACAUCAUACUCACAGCUGGCCGGGACCGGACUGUGGAAGUUUUUGACCUCAAUGCUGGCUGCAGUGCUGCAGUGCUAGCUGAAGUUCAUUCACGGCCCGUCCAUCGCAUCUGUCAAAAUAAAGGAUCAUCCUUUAUAGCCCAGCAGUCCCUGGCAUAUAAUCUUUUCCUGACUACAGCUGUUGGUGAUGGGGUUCGCCUGUGGGACUUGAGGAACCUGAGGUGUGUUCGCUGCUUUGAAGGGCAUCCAAACCGCUCUUACCCUUGUGGAGUUGCUUUUAGUCCUUGUGGAAAGCUCAUGGCUUGUGGUGCAGAGGACAGACAUGCUUACGUGUAUGAAAUGGGCUCGAGCAGCUUUUUGUACCGUCUUGCGGGACACACAGAUACAGUUACUGAAGUGGCCUUCAACCCGGCAGCUUCUCAGUUGUAUCUGAAGUGCAUAGUGCUGGUCCUGUGCUGUUCUGGUCCGUACUAGCUUCCCAUACAUUCACAGUCCAUGUACUCUUCACAGCUUAUCACAGCCACCUUAGAUGGGAAACUUCAGCUAUUUGUGGCUGAGUGACAGCUGACCUGCUGGUAAGAAUACAAGAAGAAAGGAGAGAAAGAAUCCAUGGCUUAGCUAUUUGAAGUGGACGGGCAGUUUCCAUAGGAGACCCUUGCUGGAUUCCUCUUCUGUAGGACUGACCCCCAUGUGAGAGUCCCUCCUCUUAAGAAAACCUUCAUGGGAAUCCUGGAAAUGAUGUUCUUCAAUAAAGAUGAGCCAGUGCCUC